AUGGGUAAUUCUUCAUUAUCAGGUAGUACUGGGAAACAAGUAUGUAUUUCUCUUCGUGGUCUGUCACAUGAGUUGGUACAAAAUUCAAGUAUUUCAAUUAGAGGUACUGGUAAUUAUGUACCAGUAAAGUUACAAUCAAUGUGUAACGAUGAAGAUGAACCAAGACUACAACUGAUAAUUAAUUCACAAGCUGAACAAGAUAAUCAACAAAUUGAUGAUAUUUAUAAUCGAAUUCGUUCUGAUUUAACGUUAUUCGAACACAAUGAUGCACCUGUUUAUAAUUAUGUUAAUCGUGAAGUUACUGUUUUGGAUUCAUUGUUUAAUUCUCUUCCAAUGGAUAUAUUUAAUCCUGACCUACAUAUAUUAGGUCCACAAUCAUUAGCUUGUUCAAUUAUUGUUGAAUCAUUAACUGGUACAAUGGUUGAUUCAUCUAUAGCAUAUAGAUAUCGUUUUCCAAUAUACCACGAGAAACAAACUACUUUGAAUUUUGCGGUUAUGCAAAUUCAAGCACUUGUACACCAAGCACAACAUAGUUAUUUUAUGAUGUAUAGUAUAAAAAUUGGACGAACGUUAGGUAUUAUAAAACAAAUGGAAACUGGCACAUCAACAUCAAAUCAAGAGGAAUAUUCAUCAUCUACAGCAUAUAAACCUACUUGUAAACGAAAACGUACUGAAGAUGAAGAACAACAGCUAACAACAAGUCAAUCAAUUUGUGAUUCUGAUCAAAGUGAUGAUGAUGAUGAUGAAAUAAUACCCGACGACAUACGGUAUGAAUCUCAAGACUUUGUUUCAAAUUAUAGUUAAAAUAAUUCUCCAAUAUGGGACAAUUCUGAUCAUAUUUCAUCUCAUCUAUCAUUCCAUCACUUGUAGAUCCUUUGUUUUCCUGUUAUACUAUAAGACUAAUCGAGAUGAGUGUAUAUUAUAAUAAAGUUUAUUUAUUAAAAGUAAAAAAAAUAAUGAAUAUAGUUUAUCAAAUCAUUCAUUUAUAUGGGCACUUCGUAGACGCUUGGUAGUCUAUGUCAGACGUGCUAAAAGGCGCUUGGUAGCCUGAAUGAAACUGGUAUAUGCAAUCAUGAAUCUUGAUGCUAAUUAAUUGCUACGAAAGAAAAUAGUACAAUCGAAAUUGAUAUCGAUGGUGAUAAUACUUGGUAUUGAUAUCAGUUUUGUCAUUACGGAUAGAAAACUUGGAGAUAUAGAACAAAUCAGAGUUAGGAUAAUAUUUUCUUUUUGAAAAAUCAAAAAACGACGUAUUAGAUAAUAUUUGAUUUGUCCAACUGACUAACAAAGGAAGUUUCGCAAGGGAUAAAUUACUUUUAAGUCGAGACUGCAUUAUGUAGAACCAAAUGAGCUCUAAAUUCUCUGAAAACACGAGAAAAAUUUAUAUUCGAAUUCCGAUUUGAAACUUUACACAUAGGCAGGUCUCAACGAGAAUAGUUUUCUUGUGAAUAUUUCAGAUCUUAUUAUUGCUCCUAUCUUAAGAUACAGUCUUGAUAAAGGAUUGUCUUCUACAUUGCUUACAUAGAAUGCCACAUUCGAUGUUUUUAUUUAAGAACGGAAGCAAAUCAGAAUAUCUGAAUCUCUCACAAUAAGCUGACAAUAUGUCUCUGCACAAAGUACAAUGAAAACUUGGCAAUCAGUUUUCUUGCUGUUUCUGAGGAGGUCUAAGGCAUCCAUUUAAAAACUACCGUGAAUUUACAGUAUGUCUGCCACAAAUAAGCUAAGAUCCUCAACUUAUCAAUAGAUUGAAAAUUUAUUUAGGUUUUCAUGAUAUUCAGUGUUUUAUCUAGUGGGUAGGCUGGAUGAGCGGCGCCCACCCUAAAUUUCGAUUCGCCCGCCCGAAAAUAUAAGAAAAAUGGUUUCAUAAAAAGUAUAUGUUAUCUUCCAUUUUCACUCUUAUUAUUUAUGGACACCAUUCAUUUUAUCUUUUCUAAUUAGUAGUGAAGGGUGUCAGGUUUGAUAAUAUCUGAUUUCUUAGCGCAUUGGUGGUGUGAGUUUUUCCUCUAAGGUUUUUCAGCAUGCUU